GCAGAGUGACAGCUCCCUCCUCUAAAACUCCCCGUUUAGGCUGGAUGUAGAUAAAGUGCAUGUAUUUGAGAAGAAGGGGACACCUUUAUUCAGAUGUCGACCUGACUGCAGCGGCUGGUGGAUUACAAAGAAGUUUCCUUAGUUUCCUUUUGGAUGUGAAACAUCUCGAGUGGCCCAACAAAGUCGUCUGUCUGUCUGUCGUCGCCGUCUAAUCAUCAUUCAAAAGUUCCGCCGUCUGGAAAAACAGGUGUUGGAAUGAACAGGUCCAGGUCCAGCUGGGAUAAAAAAGCCUCCCAGCCUCCAGUCACCAGGAUGACCCGCAGCUCCCAGAGCAGACACACCGAGCGCGCAGGGACGGCAGACUGUGGGCCGGGUCUGUAUGGAAAACAACGAAGGAAGCAGACGGACUCUGCUUUGGCCCAGGACCUCAGUCAGAUGAGUGUGAGCGGACAGGACGGUCUACCUACAAGUAAAGGAAAAACAUCCAAAAGUAGCAGUGACGUUGUGCAGGCUGGUCAGUCCCCGGGUGGGGGCACUCCGUCUGCGUUAACUGCCAAGUCCUCAUCCCGGGGCGGUCUAGCCUCUGUGGCUCGGCUGGUGAAACUGGGCCGCUGUAAGAACGUAGUGGUGGUGGCCGGAGCAGGAAUCAGCACAGCCAGCGGCAUCCCAGACUUCAGAACUCCAGGAACAGGUCUUUACGCCAACUUGGAGAAGUACAACAUCCCUUACCCAGAAGCUAUUUUCAACAUUGACUACUUCUCCAACGACCCGCAGGCUUUCUUCUCGUUGGCCAAGGCUCUGUAUCCUGGCAGCCACCGGCCAAACUACAUACACUACUUCAUCCGCAUGCUUCAUCACAAAGGCCUGCUGCUCCGAAUGUACACCCAGAACAUCGACGGACUGGAGAAACUGUGUGGCAUCCCAGAUGACAAACUUGUGGAAGCUCACGGUAGUUUUGCCACAGCCGCCUGCCACCUGUGCUACACUGCGUACCCUGCUGAGGAAGCGAAGCAUGCCAUAAUGAAUGACAACGUACCCAAAUGCACAUUCUGCGCUGCAACAGUCAAACCUGACGUUGUGUUUUUUGGAGAGGACCUUCCUCAGGAGUAUUUCCUUCACACUAAAGACUUCCCCAAAGCAGACCUGCUAAUCAUUAUGGGCACAUCUUUACAGAUUGAGCCGUUUGCCAGCCUGGUAAACACGGUCCGCUCCACUGUGCCACGUCUCCUCCUGAACCGACACGCUGUGGGUCCCUUUGAGAAGGUCCCACUGCGGAGAGGAGACCACAUGGAGCUGGGUGACCUGGAGGAUACAAUGCGGAGGUUUGCUGAAUUGCUCGGCUGGAACGAGGAGAUUGAUGAGAUGAUGAGAAGCCAGGAAACACUGAUCAUCCCUUCAUUGAUAAGCAGCCCUGUGUCAGUGAGCGGACAGACCUCUUGUCAGAGCAGAGGAGCUCCCGAGCCUCCAGGUGGGACAGAGACCAGAGCAGCAGGUCAGAGUGCAGCCAGCAGCGAGGAGACAGACUCAGAGACGGACAGCAAGAGCUCUGCAUCAUCCAGCCAGAGCAACUGACGCUGCAUGUUUUAUAAGCAAUGGCACUGGAAAAGUUUGACUCAGUUUGUCCUCUCCUCACACUAAGACUGUUCUCCUGUAGACACGCACGUCACUUUUCAUCUGGUUAUUUCCAGCUAGUGGCAAAUUGUUUUUGUUGUGUGCAUUGGAGUGAAAGUGCAUCUUACCUCUUCGUCUGGGAGUCACAGAGUGUCAUGGUGAUGCUAUGUUCAUAUGUAAAUCAAAAACUCUGUUCAUCAAGCUUCCAACUGGCUUAUUUGAAGCACUUAUUAUAGAGGGAGGGUCCAUCCAGAACACUUGUAAAUAUAUAUCUGAGGCCGGUAAAUUUUAUGUCCCAUGUCAGUCAUCUGGUUAAUGUUAUAUAUCAGCACAACACUGUAUUUUAAAUAUUUAAUAAAAGUAUUGCGUAAUUUGCAUAUUUUGUCCUUUUUAAAAAAGCUUUAUGUAAUAUGGGUCAGAAACAACAACUAUUCUUAUUCUCCAGUUUAAUAACGUUUCAGUGGAAACCUCAAUACAUAAAAUAAGUUGUGCUAUUUACAGUAUAUAAAUGUGCAAAAAGAACAAAAUUAUUACCAUAACAUAAGCUUUCCAGAAGUGAUAAACAUGCAAUUUUAAUUUAUCUAUGAUUGUGGAGGAAAAAGAAGUCAUUUACACAAAGCACUAGAGGAAAAAACAGAUCUACAGAUGCAUGACAAAUUCAAUGGGGAAAGCAAGAGUGGAGGAAAGUAACACGUAUAUAAGAGGGGCACUGAACGGUUUGAUAAGUGAACGUUUUGCAUGAGGUUGUUCUGGAGGCUUGGGCUGCACAACUCCCCCCCCUCCUGCUUGGUUUUCACUUGAAUUUGUGACCCAUCUGUAUUUCUGACCUUUCACGGCUUUCCACU